AAGGAUUUGAAGACCAAGAUCUAGGAUGAAUCGUUACAUGGAAGUCCUUAACCUGCCUUUACGCUACCAUCUAGCUGCAGGUCUCUUUAUAAGGCUAUUUUUGAUUGUUUACGCGGAUUUUCACGAUAACACCUAUGAUUUACCUUACACCGACAUUGAUUACUCCGUGUUUUCCGAUGCUGCGAGGCACGUGUAUAAUGGAGACUCUCCAUAUAAACGGCAGACUUAUAGAUACAGUCCCUUGAUAUCCUACUUGCUGGUACCAAACAUUAUCUUCGGUAAAGACUUUGGCAAAAUUCUUUUUUCUGUAUUUGAUCUGUUCAUAACGGUCGCAGUGAAGAAUUUAGUAGAACACCAGCUAGGCCCGAAGAGUGCUGCUACCAAUGUGCCGAUGUACUGUUCGUUUUUGUGGCUUUACAAUCCGUUGAGCAUAGGUAUAUCAACUCGUGGUAACGCAGAUUCCGUCUCAUGUUUCACUAUCAUACUUUCAUUGCUUUUACUGCAAACCGAUGUAGUCAAAGGCUUAAAAAAAUAUGCGUUAUCAGGACUGUUCCUUGGCAUAUCAAUCCAUUUACGCUUGUACCCAAUUGUAUUUAGUUUUCCCAUGUAUCUAAGCUUAGGAGUCACCAAGAUACCACGUCAGACCACUUUCAGGCAGGGAAUGCUGAUCUUAUGGCCGAAUGUAAGCCAACUGAUUUUGGCAAUGAGUUGUAUAGUCACUCUAUUUGGUCUCACAUACAGUAUGUAUGCACUGUACGGCUACGAUUUCCUUUAUGAGACGUAUAUUUAUCAUGUACAUAGAACCGAUACUCGUCACAAUUUCUCUGUACUUUUCUAUUAUUCAUAUUUGAAUACGAAUCAAGGGCUCGAUAUUGUGAAAAAUGUUACUAAUCUGUUCAAAGCUGUUAUAUUGUUUUUGUUGAGCAUCAAGUAUGGGCCAGACCCUCAGACGUUGCCGCUCGCAAUGUUCUGUCAGACAGUGGUCGUAGUAGCUUUUAAUAGUGUUAUGACGUCACAGUACUUUGUGUGGUUCCUGUCGCUGUUGCCGCUGGUCGCUCACUCGUUCAGGAUCAAGUCCUCGAAAGCGUUAUUACUAGCCAUCAUCUGGGUCUGCGCACAAGGCGCGUGGCUGUUCUACGCGUACCUACUAGAAUUCAAAGGUCGGGAAGUUUUCUUCCUUAUAUGGUUAAAAGGGGUUGUGUUCUUUUGUUCCAAUAUUUUUGUUUUAGUGCAACUUCUAAGGAGUUACACGGUUGGCUAUGGUUUCGGCUUUGGUCAAGCCGCACAUUUGAAAACACAGUGAAUGUGAUUUGUGUUAGUAAAUUAUUGUUUCUUAUAUUAGUUUGUAGCUUUUCAAAAUAUGAACAUUGUAAAAUAAAAGAUGGAAUUUGAA